AUGACGACAGCCGUGAAAACUGCCUUCAAGUCUGAGAACUUCCAUUUAAAACUACCCGCCCCUUCCCGCAAGUUUCUGGGAAACAGGAAUCGUGCGCCCUACGUGCGAAGAUACGAGCGCACAGAAGUUUCUAAGAGGUUUCUGCCUCCCGAAGCUCAAAACAUGACAUUGUAUCCAGACUACAAUACCUGGAUGAUAAAAGUCACUUGGGAAGACAGUAUCCCCCCUGAAAUCCAAUCGAAAAACCUCAUCUAUGAAAUCGAGGUGAUACGAACCGAACUGAAUGAGCGUGUUCAUAAUGACACUGUAGAGGUAUUACUCAACCAAGUGGGGCCUCAUCAGUGGGAAUGGACCUCCCCAUUACCGCUCAACUGUACCUCCCAUACGGUCAGAAUCCGCUCCCAAUAUCAGCAUCCUGUUAGCAAAUGGAGCAAGUGGACAGAAAUGAUUCUAAAAGGAGAGGAUGCUGACAUUAAACCAGAUUCACAAACAAAAAUCUUCCCACGUAAUCAGAGUUUUAAGGUGGGGAGCAACAUCACAUCCUGCUGCAUCCUGGGCUCAGAGGAAACGUCGGAACCGCAUGACAGUUUCGUCAUUAAGAUAAGCAAUCGGACCUAUGCCACAAAGCCAUAUACCUUACCUAAACCCACUUAUGAGACGGGAUACGACCUGUUAUGUGGAGACAAAGGUGCAACCAUAAAGUUUGGCACCCCACCACAAGAUUAUGGGUUUAACUGUACAACGCGUGACCUCAAAACUGUGGAGUGCGUCUGGAAUAGUGGUCCAAACACAGGCCUUAAUGAUGCCACAAAGUAUUCAAUCAAUGGAAGCCCUUGUGUGUGUGCAAAGACUGGACACUGUAAAGACUGUAGUUGUAGCCUAAAUGAAAGCAUCAAUCAAGGUGAGAGGACCUGGAUUUUGACGGCCAAAAACAGCCUCGGACAGAAAACCAUCAAAUACACUGCCGACCCCAAAGACAGAGUGUGGUUACACGCCCCAGUGCUGCAGCCUGUAACUGCAUCAGCACGAAAUGCAAACAUUUCAUGGCCAUGGAAUGGGAAGCAAUAUAAGUCAUUCCUACUGGAGUGCGAGAUGGAACUUCAGGACAGUGAACAUUCUGAAACGAGAAACUUUACUGGACCUGGACUCCAAUCAGUUAAUCUUGUGGACCUACAACCGUUUACUGACUACGUGGUCAAAGUGCGCUGCAGAUACAGGUGGAAAUGGAGCGACUGGAGUACCCCUCGCAGCUUCAGUACCACAGAGGACAUUCCCGAAGCUCUCGACGUGUGGGCGCACAGAUCCAGCGGAGAAACUGUUAUCGCAUGGAAACUCAGAAAAAGCCAUGGAAAAAUCUUACACUACACCGUGACCAUGGACAAUACCACACCAGAGGAGAUAAAUGAUGCACAGAUGAAUUGCAUAACCAGGCGCAACGUGACCGACAUUAUAACUGUAUCGGCUGCUAACAGCGCCGGUUGCUCUCCCCCCUCCAGUGUCCGCAUCGCCGAGCCUGAGUCAGCUGAACCUGUUCUCACAAGCACCGGCCAUGAAGGAGGUUUUAAUUUUUCCUGGCCACGCAGUCCUGAUGCCGAGUGUGGAUAUGUGAUAGACUGGUUCCAAACCCACAGGAAUGAGUGUUCAAUAGACUGGAUGAAGAUCCCUCUUGAAAACACAAGUGCUAGGAUUCAAUCAGAUAACUUAAUGGCAGGGGAGAGAUACACUCUGUCUGUCUAUGCUUGCACACAACGUGGUCCAAAGCUGCUGAAGAGAAGCUAUGGUUAUGUGGAAGAGCAAGCUCCAACAGGCAAGGUUCAGAACCUUACAACCAGGCAGGAGGGCUCAAAAGUUGUGCUUUCUUGGGAUCCAGUGCCCUUGGUGCACCGCAGGGGCAUCAUAAAAGGCUAUAUCGUGUCUUACUCCAGAAGUGAGAGCAAGAAUCCUACGUGUUUUAAUAUUCAAAACCCUGCGGCAAGAAAUUGGACUCAGGAACUUGAUGCCGAUUCAUACCAGUUCUUGGUGAAGGCUUAUACCUCUGCAGGAGAGGGCCUGGAGGCCAGUAUUGGUAUCAGUGUGGCCCCACAACCUCCUCAGAUAAUCACUGAGACUGCCAUAGCCUUGGUUGCUACUGUCCUUGUCCUCACCAUCAUCACCACACUAUGCUACAGAAAGAGAACAUGGUUGAAAAACAGACUGUAUCCCGACAUUCCUCAGCCAAAGUUCAGAGAUGAAUGGCCAGAAAAGGAACCUCUUCACUGCCAGUUAAUGAAGGUGGACGUCAACGCUGAAUGUACGGUCCCGAGUGUAAAACCCCAAGAGCUUCCUGCAGAGCUUACCUCAGUGAAUGAGUACCAGCGUGAGGAGAAGCAGCCCCUAAGUGACCCCCAAAAGCAAGUUCCAUGCUAUCUGAACUUAGAAAACACUGAGCCUUUGGUCACCAUCACCGAAUACACAGUCAUUUCAACAAGCGCAGCUCAACACUUAGAAAAUCCCACUUACCAGUCUACUGCACCGUUGGACCUUGAGGCAGUUUCAUCCAUACCAGGUUACUCACCUCAAAUGACCUCCGUCCCAGAGGCUCCACUCCAAAUUGACCUGACAUACCAGCCUAUCAAAGACUCGCAGGCCUAUCAGCCACAGUCUAAUUGGUCAGUGGAUGUAUCUAACAUAGCCUAUCAGCCCAGCUUGCCUGGAAGUCCCACCUCAGUCAGCUCCACACAUUGUUUGCUGCAAGAAUCGAGAGGGCACCUGAGUGCUGCUUUGGCUUACCUGCCCUACCCAUGGGUAGAGACCCAUUUAACCUUCAGCCUACCUGCCUCCUGGAUACACUGGGGAGAGGCCAGUGAGACUGGGUGGCUUUACGUUGUGGGUGGAGAUGAGACCACGACAGUGACACAGCUGGCCCUGGACUGUCAGACUGGCACAGUUCCCUCGUAUGCCUGGCCAAAAGGUCUGAAAGAGUCAGCGGCUAUGGUAACAGCCCUGGGACUGCACCUCAGAGGAUACAGAGUGAACAACCAAUGGGAAAGCCAGCUGGGCCUGGCUGAUCAAGGAGGACACAGAGAGCCCAGCAUGCCCUCAGCAACUUAA